AUGACUUUCACAGAACUCAUGAUGAUCCCAUCUGUUCAAUCAGAGGAAACACGGGAUGCUUUGAGCACUCUCUUCUCCCAACUCUUGGAUCGAUUCUCCUACACUCAGCGCAAGUGGUCACAUAGUGACUGA